GCUGGCCGCUGGCGCUCAGGCUCCGCCGACUUUGGGGACUCCCACCUCUUCCAGCGGAAUUACCUGGCGUGAUCGGGCAUUUGGCGUCAUUCCAGGAAACAGGACUCAAGCCAAUCAGAGGGGAGCUUGCUCUUCUGGGCGGCCGUUCAUUGGUUGACAACUGAAGCCUGUUCUGUUGUCCACGUUGGCUAUUGUCGCUGUCAGUCAGGGCCGUGGGUCGAACCUUACCCCACUCUUUGUCUGGGAGAGCGCUUGUUGUCUGGGAGAGUGGCAGGGGCGCUGCUGUGGAUUGGUCACCAGCAAAAGCCUCCGAUCCGAUCCUAUUGGCCCGUUCGCCGGAGGGCGAUGCUGAUUGGUAGGACGGAGCAACCUGGCUCCUAGUUGGCAGAGCUCUCCCCGGAUGGGAGCUCCGGCCGCGGAGUGAUGGUGGCGGCAGCGGAGAUGGGCCGGGCAGGGACCAUGGCGGUGGCGGCAGAGGUGGCAGGGGCGGGGCGGCUGGCAGUAGAGGAGGCUGUAGUCUUCAGGGGGCUGUAGGUGGAGGCAUGGCUCGGGCCAGCAGCGGGAACGGCAGCGAGGAGGCCUGGGGGGCACUUCGGGUGCCGCAACAGCAGCUUCGAGAGGUUUGCCCAGGAGUGAACAACCAGCCCUACCUCUGUGAGAGUGGCCACUGCUGCGGGGAGACUGGCUGCUGCACCUACUACUAUGAGCUCUGGUGGUUCUGGCUGCUCUGGACUGUCCUCAUCCUCUUUAGCUGCUGUUGCGCCUUCCGUCAUCGACGAGCUAAACUCCGGCUGCAGCAACAGCAGCGGCAGCGUGAGAUCAACUUGUUGGCCUACCACGGGGCAUGCCAUGGGGCUGGCCCUGUUCCUACCAGUUCACUGCUUGACCUUCGCCUCCUCAGCGCCUUCAAACCCCCAGCCUAUGAGGAUGUGGUUCACCGCCCGGGCACACCACCACCUCCUUACACUGCGGUCCCAGGCUGCCCCUUGACUGCUUCCAGGGAAUGUACCUGCUGCUCCUCCACUUCUAGCUGCCCUGCCCACUUCGAGGGAACAAAUGUGGAAGGUGUUUCCUCCCACCAGAGUGCCCCCCCUCAUCAGGAGGGUGAGCCUGGGGCAGGGGUGAGCCCUGCCCCCACACCCCCCUCUUGCCGCUAUCGCCGCCUGACUGGUGACUCUGGCAUCGAGCUGUGCCCUUGUCCUGACUCCAGUGAGGGUGAGCCAGUCAAGGAGGCUAAGGCUAGUGCUAUUCAGCCAGAUCUGGGGGACUGUCCCCCAUGUACACUGUCCCUAGACCCCAUACCCCAAGUUUCUUCUAUGGGGCUGGCUACCAGUGAAGGGGGCAUCCCAUAAGCAGUUUGAGGAGGAUGGGUUGGUUGCUUGCCCACUAGAAACAGCCCUGGUUCCAACUCCUGGAGUUCUCGGCCUCUCCCUGCCUUCCUAGAAUCUGCCUGAAAGGGCUGGAGUCCUGGGACAGGGGCCAUGUUUGGGGGACUGUGCUAGCUCUACCCCCAGUGACAUACACAGGAGCCUUUGAUCUCAUUAAAGAGAUGUGAACCA